GAUGAGCGUGUGAUGUAAGCGGGCUGGUGUUGUGUUUUCGAUUGAUAAGGGAAAUAGAUAAACGACAUUGCUCUCAUAUAAAAAGAUUUAGUUUAAUAUUACUUGGUCCGAAGUUUAUACGCGGUAACAAAUCGCGCUGUAUCUUUACAAUGCUAGCCUCAAAGUUCAGCAACUUAAGACUAUUGAAAAAUAAGUCUAUAAUUCGGUUACUGUCGACUGAGAUACAUGAGCAGACGGAGAAUGUGGGUCCCAUCGAGUACAAGCGGCUGACGGGCGCGGACCGCGGCGUGGUGCUGUACGGCCUCAACAGCCCGCGCGACCGCAACGCGCUGGGCCACGAGCUGGUGCAGAGCAUGCGCGAGGUCAACCACCUCAUCCGCGAGGACACCAAGGUGUCCGUGGUCAUACUGCACAGCACCGUGCCCGGGAUCUUCUGUGCAGGUGCAAAUUUGAAAGAACGCUUUAAGCUGAAUGAUGAGGAGGUAGCCAAGUUUGUACGCAGACUAAGAGAAACCUUCAUUGAGGUGGAAGAUCUGCCAAUGCCAACUAUAGCAGCUGUGGAGGGUGCAGCUGUUGGAGGUGGUCUGGAGCUGGCUCUGGCGUGCGACAUCCGCAUUGCAGCAGAGUCCGCCAAGCUGGGGCUGGUCGAGACUGGCCGGGGCCUCAUUCCUGGAGCUGGAGGCACCCAAAGGCUUCCCCGAGUCAUACAUCCCAAUAUUGCUAAAGAACUCAUCUUCACUUCAAGAAUAGUAAGUGGAAAGGAAGCCAAAGAAUUAGGAAUUGUUAAUCAUGUGGUACCACAAAAUGAAAACAAGAAUGCAGCAUUUGAAAAGGCUAUGGAGCUGGCCAGAGAAAUAAUAGUGAAUGCACCUGUGGCCCUGCGCUGUGCCAAGCAGGCCAUCAACGAGGGGGUCCAGCUCACCAUCAAGGAUGGAUAUGAAAUUGAACAGAAGUGGUAUGAAGUGAAUGUUCCCACCAAGGACAGACAAGAGGGAAUGAUUUCAUUCAUGGAAAAAAGGAAACCUGUCUACCAGGGGCAUUAGUAUCAUUUUGUAAUCACUACAUAUUAAUUAAACUAAGUUACAAGUGGGAACAAAUUGUAAAUAAUAUCAGAAUUAUUAUAAUUAACAAGUCACAUAGAGAAAGUUA